GCCACUGCAAAAGCCAGAGAAUUAAUGCCAUGGCCACUCUUCAGAAGCCCAUCACAAAUAGCAGGAAUUGACUCUACUUUCACCUCCAUAUUUGCUCUAUGCUUUCUGGGUUUGGAGGUCAGUGUCAAGGUUUUAACAUGGGAUCUGUGGCAGGAGUGUUGGAUCAACUCCUUCCUGAGCUGAAUGUACUGCUCAAACUUUUGGACCAUGAAUACUUGAGCUCAACCACAAUGGAGAAGAAAACAGCUGUCUCAAACAUCUUACAGAAGCUGCAGCCUCCCACAGGGAAAGAUGUGAACUACAUGUAUAUGAAUACAGAAACCCUCCACAAUGGAACAAGCUUUGUGGAGUCCCUCUUUGAAGGCUUUGACUGUGACUUGAGCAAUCUUCAGGAUAUGCAAGAGGAUGAGGGAGAUGCCAAAGAGGGCAUCAGCUUGGAGCUUUCCAAGAGUCAGUUGACUAAAAGUAUAUCUGGGGAGCCACCACCGCCAUUGCCCACCACACCUCCUCCUGAAGAUUAUUAUGAGGAAGCACUGCCACUGGGGCCGGGUAAAGCCCCAGAAUACAUUACCUCCCGUAAUAGCUCCAGUCCCCCCAAUUCAAUAGAGGAUGGAUAUUACGAAGAUGCAGAUAGCAACUACCCUGUCACCAGAAUGAAUGGAGAACAGAAGAACUCUUACAAUGAUUCUGAUGCAAUGAGCAGCUCCUAUGAGUCUUACGAUGAGGAAGAGGAGGAUGGGAAAGGCCAGAGGUUAACACACCAGUGGCCAUCAGAGGAAGCUUCCAUGAACCUGGUGAAGGACUGCAGGAUUUGUGCUUUCCUGUUGCGUAAGAAGCGCUUUGGGCAGUGGGCCAAGCAGCUGACGGUCAUCAAGGACAACAAACUCCUGUGUUACAAAAGCUCCAAGCACCGACAGCCACACCUCGAGGUCCCUCUGGGUGUCUGCAAUGUUGUCUAUGUGCCAAAGGAUGGACGCCGCAAGAAGCACGAGCUGCGCUUUUCUCUGCCAGGAGCGGAGGCCCUGGUGCUGGCUGUGCAGAGCAAAGAGCAGGCUGAGGAAUGGCUAAAGGUGAUGAAGGAAGUGAGUAGUGGACAAAGUGGAACUGAAGUUGUGACAUCGCCUAUGCUUACAUGCAAGAUGGACCAUGACAAGAGAUCCUCUCAAGACAAACAUACAUCUGACUCUGAUAGCGUGGCAACAACAGAAAACUGCUCUUCCAUGACUCGGAGGGAGGCUCAGGAGCAAGGGAAAGGUAAAAAAAGUGGUUUGGCUGAGCUGAAGGGCUCUGUAAGUCGAGCAGCUGGGAGGAAAAUUACCAGAAUAAUAAGCUUCUCCAAGAAGAAACCAUCUCCUGAAGAUACCCAAACAUCCUCUACAGAGGAAGACAUCCCAUGCUGUGGCUAUUUGAAUGUUCUGGUGAACCAGUGUUGGAAGGAACGGUGGUGUCGUUUGAAAGGCAACACACUUUAUUUUCACAAGGACCGCACUGACUUGAGAACACACGUGAAUGCCAUUGCCCUAAGGGGCUGUGAGGUGGCACCAGGCCUGGGCCCCAAGCAUCCCUUGGCUUUCCGCAUCCUUCGCAAUGGGCAAGAGGUCUCUGCUUUGGAAGCGAACAGCUAUGAAGAUCUGGGUCGCUGGCUUGGGCUGUUGCUAGUUGAAACUGGUUCCCAGACAGCUCCAGAGGCUUUGCACUAUGAUUAUGUGGAUGUGGAGAAAAUAGCCAACAUCAUCAAUGCUGUGAGGCACUCCUAUAUGUGGGCCAGCUCCUCUGUUGAGAACCAAGUGGACUCUUCCCGUGUGUUAUAUGAUGAAGUACCAUAUGAGAAGGUGGAGUUGGAAAAGUCGGGGUGGCCUUCAGGAGCCCAGGUGAAACGCCAUGGUUCCUCUUGCAGUGAGAAAUCACGUCGUGUGGAUCCACAAGUGAAAGUCAAGCGUCAUGCUUCAAAUGCCAAUAACUACAAGUAUGGCAAGAAUCGGGCUGAGGAAGAUGCCAGGAGGUUCCUGACUGAAAAGGACAAACUGGAGAAGGAGAAAGCAUCCAUCCGGACUGAGAUUAUGGAUCUACGCAAGGAAAAGCGGGAACUACGGGAAGCCAUGAAGAGCAGCUCAGGUAAAGAUCUCAAAGAGCUGGAGCAGCGUGUUGCAGCCCUGGAGGAGCAGUGUAAAGCCAAUGAGGCACGGCGUGUGGACCUAGAGCUCAAGCUGACUGAGGUGAAAGACAGGCUGAAGCAGUCUCUGGCAGGAGGACCAGCUUUGGGGUUAACUGUGACAACCAAAUCUGAAAACAAGGAUGCAGCAGUCCAGCCAAAUGGAAACCCUCCAGAGCACUUGGUCCCAGUUAACUGUGCAGCAGAAAUGAGAAAACGGAGUCCUUCCCUCCUCCCUGCCAAUAAAGGGAAUGUGUUGCAGAAGGCCAAGGAAUGGGAAAUGAAGAAAACAUAAAAUCUCACUGGGUCCCAUAUCCCUGAGUGGAACUCCUAUGAAACACUGGGACACAUUUAGGAAAGGGCUAUGCAAGAGCGUUUUCAUGCCUCGAGGAAACUGCAGAAGGAUGAUGAGGAACCUGGCUCUUCAGCAGGAAUCCACCCUCCAGUGAAUGAAGGAUUAACAAACAUGGGCUUUGGUGAACUGGUGUGGGUAAACUGGGGAGGGAGGGAUUUCGGGAAGGAGGGUGGGCAAGGGAAAUCCUUUUAAGGAUUUUUAAAAACGUGUGUUCUCAGAAUACCCUCCUUUGGGCACUUCUAAUAGGUCUGGAGUGCCAGCUGUCUGGACUCGAUCAGUUUUGCUCUUUAGUAACAAAGCUACAAGAGAAUGUCUACUUUGGUCUAGCAAGAGUGGUGUCGAUGAUGAUGGGGUGGUUUUGAGAUCCUUAUUCAAGUUAAUCAAUGACUUUGAACAAACCACCCUUUAACUUCUAUGCUGCAGUUCCUCUUACAUUUGAGGGCAGGUGAGCAUCCCUCACUCCUGGGAAAUAAGGCAUGGCACAAAGUGCCUUGUAGUCAGUUCUCUGAAAGGAUGCUGUUUACUGCCAUUUCACUGUCCUGCUUGUCUGCCAAACUACAUCAGAGCAGGGCACACUGAAGGACUGAUGAGAAAGAAAACACUGUCAACAUGGUGCUUUGUUUAAAAUCUCAGGACUGCCAGUACUGACCUGGGCUAGGAGUAGUCUGUCAGCUUUCAUAGCUUCACUCAGGCUGCUAUGUAAUAUUUUAACUUGUCAGAUCAAAUCAAUAGCUAGGCAAGGUCAUGAAGUAUUCUUUUUUUCACCUCCAUGAGAAACCUAUAGAAGUUUUCUUCUGCCAGGCUACUACUAUAGUCUAUUUGUCCACUCUUUGUCUCCAGAGCUGGACUCCCAUUUGCAAUGACAGGUGGAAAAGGACAGUGAACAGACAGACAGAUUGUAAGAAAGCAGUUUCUGCAAACUGUUUCCAACCUCCAGAGUUAUUCUCUAAGAGGGCACAACUUUAGGUCAUCGGAGCAGCUCCUGUAGUUUUUUUCCUCUGUGAGACAGCCCUGCAAGACACUUGAAGCAAAUGUGAUCAGUGUUAACGUUCCUAUCACCUCAAGUGCACAUACAAUAAAUAACAGACAUGUUAUACUAUCAUUUCCGUCUUAUAAAACCACACUCUAAUAAGGGCAAUGGGUGUAUAUUUUUAGGCUUUGCAAGGUGUCUACCUGCCUUCAUGUAUAUACAAUCUCUGGUCACUUGCAGAGAAUGUGAAGAGAAAACCUGAGGCCUGAAGAAGAGGGCCCAAGUCAAAGCCAUAAUGACCAUCUCCAACUAUCCUCCUGCUGUGCCAAUUUCCAACAGACCAGAAGCUGUAGUGACCCAUUUUUCUUUUAUAGGGGGAGGUGGGUGGGGUUCUUGUCUCUCUCCAGAUGCAUAUUGUGGCAUACUUUUUUAUUAUUUAAGAAUUGUCUGCACUUUAAGAUCUGGACCCUCUCCCUCUGCUGCCCCCCCCCCCCCAAAAUAAAAGAUGGUCUUUGUAGUGA